AUGUCUUUGUGAGAAAAGAAUAGGUAAUGGCCACCAGAUACUCGGCGGACGGCCGCAGGAGAGCAUUUCCGAGUACAAAACUGUUCACCCUCCUGCCAGCGCAACAAAAGGAAAUAAUUGAUUUCCUUCCCUGAAAUAAAAUAAAAUCCAUCCUCCUACUUUUCUUGUCUCCUCUUUCUCGUCCUAGCCCGUGAGUUGACUUGGUUUUGCUCACCACAAGAAAUCAGACGACCUCUACAAUCCGAUCAGAAUUCUGCUUCAACCUGAUUGAUUGAUCUAUUCUGGCCGGCUCUCCGCCCUGCAACUGCGUCCCUGGAAGGUGAGGCCGCGGCAAGAAGCUGAAAGCCGCGCCAUGGAACUGGAGGCCCCGGUAGUCGAGGCAGAUCCGGGGAGAAGGCUCCCAAGAUCAGGAGGCGGCGGCGGCGAGGAGGAGGGGCCCCCGGUUGGUCGGACCGCCCUCCUGCCCUGCCCCAACUGCGACAUCCAGGUAGUGCACAAGCUGGCGCAGCUGCUGCUCCCGGGCCUGGCCGCGGCGUGCGUCGACAGCACCCUCGGGAGCCCCUCCUCCUCGCUCGCCGUCCAGCUGCGCGCGGAGCUGGUGCGCUACGUCGCGCACCGGAGCAGCAGCCCGGCCGAGGCGGCGGAGGAGGAUCCGAUCGACCGCGACGACCCGGCCGAGGCGCUGGCCGCGUUCCUGGACGACUUCGCGGGCAGCAAGAGGAGCGUCGUCGUCUCCAUCGCCGGCUGGCUGCCGUACCUGGGCGGCGGCGACGACGGCCGCGACGACCGGAUCGAGGACCUCGUCGAGGAGAUGGAGGCGAGCCGCUUCUGGCCGGUCGACAGGCGGGAGGCCGUCGCGCGGGACCUCCUCCGCUGCCUGGACGACGGCGGCCGGUUCCGCUGCCGCGACGAGCUGGGGACGCCGGAGGAGCUCGCCGACCACGUCGCCGCGCGCUGCGGCUUCAGGCCCGUGCGGUGCCGGAACCAGGCCCAGGGCUGCCGGGCCGAGGUCUCCGCCUGCCGCGCCGACGCGCACGACGAUGCGUGCGCCUUCAAGCUCCUCCCCUGCGAGCAGCGCUGCGGCGUCAGCGUUGCCCGGCGCCAGAUGGACCGGCACUGCGUCACCGUCUGUCCCAUGAAGCUCGCCAACUGCCCUUUCUACCAGCUCGGCUGCGAGUCCGCCUUCCCGGCCUGCAACCUCGGGUCGCACUGCGCGGAGUUCCUUCGGCACCACCUACGCCUGCUCCUUGCUCCCAGCCGGAACGGUGCUGGUCACCGGGAUCCGGAGGAGCGUCUUCUACGGCUGGAGAAGUGUGAUUCUGAUGGUGCGUUGCGCCAAGCUUUGGAUGUGAGGUCUCUCACUAACGCCCUUGCUCAGCUAGAGAAGAAGAUGGACGCCGAAGAUGGCUCCUCCGGUGAGCAAUGCGCGCACAAGAUUAAUUCCAACUCUGCAACUCUGCACUAGUUUUGUCCCCGAUGCAGAGUUCUUUUUAGAAAAAACUGUAUUUUUUUCUUUCUUUUUAGAAAAACUGUAUUUUUUCUUUCUUAUAUAUUUUUGAAAAGCAUUACACAUUUUUCAAAACGGCACAAGAGUUUUCUUUUUACUAGCAAAAGAGCCCGUGCAUUGUAACGGAAAAAAAGACCAGAUGCUGGUAACACAAUAAUCAUAUCUCAAUACCUUAAUAGAUACACGUCCUUUAUUUUAA